GUCAGAUGGGAAGGUUGUCUCGGAUUUGUGCCUGUAUCAAAUACUCUGAAGAAUGGCAAUGUCCUUGAGCAAUGUCUAACGCUACAAAAUGACUACCCGCAAUCCCAAUCCUAGCAUCUUCCAUUUUGUCAUCAUCUUCCUGUUGAUAUUUGAGAUAAGAAUGCUAUUGUCUGAUGAAAGUGAGUUUUUAGUUAAUAGAUCAGACAUGGGCCUCCUCCAUGUUCCCAAAGAACUAUCCCUCAAAACAACUAUCUUAGAUAUAUCACAAAACGCUAUAUCUGAGAUUCGAACUUCUGACAUCCGCUCAUUAUCAAAACUGAAGAUUUUGAUGAUUUCUCAUAAUAGAAUCCAGCAUCUUGAUAUGAGUGUUUUCAAAUUCAACCAGGAAUUGGAAUAUUUGGAUUUGUCUCACAACAGGUUGGGGGAGAUUUCUUGCCACCCGACUGUGAACCUCAAACACUUCGACCUGUCAUUUAAUGCAUUCCAUGUCCUACCCAUAUGCACAGACUUUGGCAACAUGUCUCAGCUAGAAUUUCUGGGGUUGAGCGCCUCACAGCUACAAAGGUCCAGAAUGCUUCCCAUUGCUCAUUUACACCUCAGGAAGGUUUUACUGGUCUUAGGAAAUGCGUAUGGAGAAGAGGAAGACCCUGCGAGCCUCCAGACCCUUAACACCGAGAGUCUGCAUGUUGUCUUCCCCGCACGAAAAGAAUUCCAUUUCAACUUGGAUGUGUCCGUCAGCAGCAUGGGAAGUCUGGAACUGUCCAAUAUCAAGUGUGUGUUGGAUGAUGAUAGAUGUUCUUAUUUCCCAAAUGUUUUGCAGAAACUUCAAAGGAAUCCCAAGUUAUCAAAUCUUCUUGUAAACAAUGUUGAAACAACCUGGAAUGCUUUCAUUAGGAUUCUCCAGCUGGUCUGGCAGACAAACACUCAGUAUUUCUCAAUAAAAAAUGUGAAACUGCAGGGUUACCUUAGCAUAAGAAAUUUUAAUUAUUCUGGCACUUCACUGAAGGCUUUGUCUAUAUGCCACGUUGUCAGUGAGACGGCCACACUGCCACAGGACUUGAUCUACACAAUCUUCUCAAAUAUGAAUAUCCAGAACUUCACAGUGUCAAACACACAUAUGAUCCAUAUGCUCUGCCCAUCCCAAAGUAGCCCAUUUCUGCACUUGGAUUUUUCCAAUAAUCUCUUAACAGACAUGAUUUUUAAAGAUUGUAAAAACCUGAAAAAGUUGGAGACACUUAACUUACAAAUGAACAAACUACAGGAUCUUGUGAAUAUAAUUCACAGCACCAAGGAGAUGAAGUCUCUACAACAAUUGGAUAUUAGCCAGAAUUCUCUAAAGUAUGACGAAAACAAAGGAAAUUGUUACUGGACUGAAAGUUUACUCAUGUUAAAUAUGUCGUCGAACCUACUGACUGACGCUGUUUUCAGAUGUUUACCUCCCAAUGUGAAGGUCCUUGAUCUUCACAGCAACAGAAUAAGGAGCAUCCCAGAGGAUGUCAACCAUCUGGAAGCUUUGCAAGAACUCAACGUGGCUUUCAAUUUUUUAACCCAGCUCCCUGGGUGUGGCGCCCUGGACAGCCUUUCUGUCCUGAUCGUUGACUAUAACUCCAUCUCCAGCCCACCUGCCGAUUUCUUCCAGAGCUGCCAGAAGAUGAGGUCCUUCAGAGCAGGGAACAACCCGUUCCAGUGCACGUGUGAGCUAAGAGGAUUUAUCCACAGUGUAGGCCAGGUACCAAGUGAAGUGGUGGAGGGCUGGCCUGGUUCCUACGUGUGCGACUAUCCAGACAGCGCCAAGGGCACCCCACUGAAGGACUUCCACGUGUCUCCUCUGUCCUGCAACACAGCUCUGCUGACUGUCACCAUUGUGGCCACCGUGCUGGUGGUGGCCAUCUCUGUGACCGUCCUCUGUGUCUACUUGGACGGGCCCUGGUACCUCAGGAUGGUGUGCCAGUGGACCCAGACCCGACACAGGGCUAGGCACGUACCCUUAGAGGACCUCCAGAGAACUCUCCAAUUCCACGCUUUUGUUUCAUACAGUGAUCAUGACUCUGCCUGGGUGAAGAGUGAAUUACUGCCAAAUCUAGAAAAAGAAGAUAUACGGGUUUGUGUACACGAGAGGAACUUUGUUCCUGGCAAGAGCAUUGUGGAGAACAUCAUCAACUGCAUCGAGAAAAGUUACAAGUCCAUCUUUGUUUUGUCUCCCAACUUUGUCCAGAGUGAGUGGUGCCACUAUGAGCUCUACUUUGCCCAUCACAAUCUCUUCCAUGAAGGAUCUAACAACUUAAUCCUGAUCUUGCUGGAUCCCAUUCCACAGUAUUCCAUUCCAAGCAGCUACUACAAGCUCAAAGCUCUCAUGGCACGGAGAACCUACUUGGAAUGGCCCAAGGAGAAGAGCAAACACGGACUUUUUUGGAUUAACAUAAGAGCGGCUGUUAAUAUUAAGUUGAUGGAACAAGCACAAGAAGUAAAUCAUACAGAAACCUAAAAAUAUUCUUCUGCCUACUGUUGCUGUUCUUGGAAAUUCCAACAAUGACUUUACUUUUCAUUAACAUGAAACUAAACACAACUUUAAAUUCCUGAUGCAGACAAAAUGUGGGCACUUUCAUGUUCUAGUUCACCAGUUAUAUGUGGUAAAAAAUGAGUGCACUGAUAUCAUUUUGAUUUAAAUGGUUCAUUUCUAACACAAGAGGGAUUCACUUAAUCUUUUGCUGGGAUAGAUUCAUUAAAUUGAUGUUGUAAUCAAAAGAUGCCGCUCUUCCAACAACUUCUGUGGUCUCUGUUCAUGUGCGCCAAGGACAAUGUUAAACAAGUCCACUCCUUUACACUUCCGCCAGGUUUCCAUGGCGACCUUCUGUAGCUCUGUGCCCUUACUCAUUUCUACUCCACCUUCACUUUGGCAAGUUGAAAGCCGCUUACUGGUAAUACGGGAGCCUCUUUGUCUGAAACAAUUUCUUCCUGGUCAUGAAAACCCAUUUUUGGUUCCAAGAAGUGCUAGGUGUUGCCCAUACAAACAAUAUUUCACCGAUUUUGGUAAGAAAAUUGGUAGAUA